UCCAGCGGCGGCGUCGGCGGCGGCGGCGGGCGGGGAGGGCGUGCGCCGGUCGAGAGGUGUCGGCAGCGAAGGGAGGGAAGGGAAGUUUCAAGUGGAAGGUCGUCCGCCGGCCGGCGCGUCUUCUCGCUCUCCUCCGGCAGCAUCAUGGCGGAGCUGAGCGGCUCGCCCGUGCACGUCCAGCAGCCCCAGCAGGCGGCCCCGGUGACACCGGCGGCGGCGGCCCCGGCGGCCGCGACAGCAGCGCCGGCUCCGGUGGCACCCGGGGCCCUAGCCCCGGCGGCGCAGGCGGUCGGCUGGCCCAUCUGCAGGGACGCGUACGAGCUGCAGGAGGUUAUCGGCAGUGGCGCUACAGCUGUGGUGCAGGCUGCUCUAUGUAAACCCAGGCAAGAACGUGUAGCAAUAAAGCGGAUCAACUUGGAAAAAUGCCAGACCAGCAUGGAUGAACUAUUAAAAGAAAUUCAAGCCAUGAGUCAGUGCAGCCAUCCCAACGUAGUGACCUAUUACACCUCUUUUGUGGUAAAAGAUGAACUUUGGCUGGUCAUGAAAUUACUAAGUGGAGGUUCAAUGUUGGAUAUCAUAAAAUACAUCAUUAACCGAGGAGAACACAAGAACGGAGUUCUGGAAGAGGCAAUAAUAGCAACAAUUCUUAAAGAGGUUUUGGAAGGCUUAGACUAUCUACACAGAAAUGGUCAGAUUCACAGGGAUUUAAAAGCUGGUAAUAUUCUUCUGGGUGAGGAUGGCUCAGUACAAAUAGCAGAUUUUGGGGUAAGUGCUUUCUUAGCAACAGGGGGUGAUGUUACCCGGAAUAAAGUAAGAAAAACAUUCGUUGGCACCCCGUGUUGGAUGGCCCCUGAAGUCAUGGAACAGGUGAGAGGCUAUGACUUCAAGGCUGACAUGUGGAGUUUUGGAAUAACUGCCAUUGAACUCGCCACAGGAGCAGCGCCUUAUCACAAAUAUCCUCCUAUGAAAGUGUUGAUGUUGACUUUGCAAAAUGAUCCACCCACUUUAGAAACAGGAGUAGAGGAUAAGGAGAUGAUGAAAAAGUACGGCAAGUCCUUUAGAAAAUUACUUUCACUGUGUCUUCAGAAAGAUCCCUCCAAAAGGCCCACAGCAGCAGAACUUUUAAAAUGCAAAUUCUUCCAGAAAGCCAAGAACAGAGAGUACCUGAUUGAGAAGCUGCUUACAAGAACACCAGACAUAGCCCAAAGAGCCAAAAAGGUGAGAAGAGUUCCGGGGUCAAGCGGUCACCUUCAUAAAACCGAAGACGGUGACUGGGAGUGGAGUGACGACGAGAUGGAUGAAAAAAGUGAAGAAGGGAAAGCUGCGUUUUCGCAAGAAAAGUCACGAAGAGUAAAAGAAGAAAAUCCAGAGAUCGCAGUGAACGCCAGCAGCAUACCCAAGCAGAUACAGUCCCUGUCUGUGCAGGACCCUCAGGGCUUACUCAAUGCUAGUGAAGACUACAGAGAAGCUUCUUGUGCCGUGAACCUAGUUUUAAGAUUAAGGAACUCCAGAAAGGAACUUAAUGAUAUACGAUUUGAGUUUACUCCAGGAAGAGAUACGGCAGACGGCGUUUCUCAGGAGCUCUUCUCUGCUGGCUUAGUCGAUGGUCAUGAUGUAGUUAUAGUGGCUGCUAAUUUACAGAAGAUUGUAGAUGAUCCCAAAGCUUUAAAAACAUUGACAUUUAAGUUGGCUUCUGGCUGUGAUGGGUCGGAGAUUCCCGACGAAGUGAAGCUGAUUGGGUUUGCUCAGUUGAGUGUCAGCUGAUGUCUGUCCCUUGAUGUCGCCCUGAUCUGCCAUGCCUCCCCCUCGCCGUGCCCUCCCCCCAACCUUUCCCUCCCCUGCCACUUCCUCCCACCCCCUAGCAAAAUCAGAGGAUUGUGAAGAGGCCGGCUUCAACAUAUCGGGAUAAAAAAAGAAUUUUUUUAAACUUAACAACACUGAGUUCUGCUUUAUUCUAUAGCAACCCACAGUAUGAGAACAAGCAAACACCACAGCUGCACGACUGUUGCUCAUUUUUCCAAAAGCUAUUUAAUACCCUCAGCAGUCAAUUCGGAUCUCCCUUACGUGAAAAGAAUCUGAAACACACUCAGGUGGUCCUAUUUAUUGGCAACGAAAGGAAUUUUUUUCUAUCAGAAGCCUAUUUCUUCUCUCAUUGUUGUCCUUCCUUUCUGUUAUAAUACUUUAUUGUACAUCUGACAA